AUGUUGGAGGAUGGCUUAGGGGACAGCCAGCAGGCAACUGUUCAAUCGGUUGCCCAAGAGUUUGAGGUUGGGAGCGAGAAGAUACAGGAGAUAACAAAUUACUUUGUGAAGCAGAUAAAACAUGGUUUGAAAGACAAGCAUGCUUAUCAGAUACCAUCUUUCGUCACACAAAUCCCAAGUGGCCGAGAGAAGGGCCUUUUUCUUGCAGUCGAUCUUGGCGGGACAAACUGUCGAGUGUGUGCUGUGACUCUUCAUGGCGACUCGACUUUCGAUGUCUUUCAGAGGAAGCACCUUGUCCCGCAUGAUAUUCGAGUACACUCAAGUCACAAACCUCUAUUCCAUUUCAUCGCCUUGAAGAUUCAAGACCUUCUUCGCGAUCAUACGAGCGAGAGUAGUGAGAAUUCUGAGGUUUCCUUCAACCUUGGCUUCACAUUCAGCUUCACUUGUGAACAGACUUCUAUCUCCAGCGGCACCCUCGUCCACUGGGACAAAGGAUGGGAUAUCCCAAGCACCCUGGGCCAAGAUCCUUGCGCAUUACUACAGGAGGCGAUUGACGAGAUCUCAUUACCAGUAAGCGUUUGCGUUCUAGCCAACGACGCAGUCGGAACACUUCUUACUAGGGCAUAUACUUCGAAAACGAAAAACUCUACCUUGGCGUCAAUAAUCCUCGGGACCGGCACAAAUGCUGCAUAUAUUGAGCGCAUCGCCAACGUUCAAAGACUCGACACAACAGCCAAUGGCGCACAACACUCUAACUGCGAUGGGGUCAUGGUGAUCAAUACAGAAUGGGGAUCAUGGGACGAUGGACUCAAGGUUCUUCCGCAAGCACGGUUCGACAAGCUCGUCGACGAGUCUUCUUCAGAUCCUGGGUGUGGUCUCCUUGAGAAGAUGGUCUCUGGCAUGUAUCUCGGGGAGCUACUUCGCUUAUCGCUCUUGGACCUGAUGCGCAACGGUGCAUUAGACAUGUCAUUUCCGGAUGGAAGCCCUGUUAACAUGCAUAUGGGCGUUGAGAGUUCAUUCUUAUCCAAGAUAGCAGAGUCAACAGCGGAGAGUUCACCGUCAGCUUUGUCAUACAUCACCGAGACGCUAGCAGCAACAGGUGUGACAUCGAAGGACUUGCAAACUAUCCAGCUGCUGGCUACUGUUAUCGUGAAACGAUCAGCUCGCUUGGUAGGCGCUGGUCUUGCUGCAAUCCUCAUACAGUCCGGGAGGCUUGGCACUUCAAGCAUGUCUCAGAAGACGGGCAUGGGAGCUCAUACGCAUCAAAUACACGAGAAGUCAACAUCAACACAGACUGGUAGCCAUCGGAAUACCUUCACACGAUUCAUACGACGCAUAUUUGGCUGCAUAUGUCCAGAGGAACCAUCACCCACUUCGACAAGCGGAUCAUCAUGUGACUCCAAAGAUACUCUCGAGACGUCAGAAAUAGCAGAUGAGGUGAUUGAUAUUGCGGUCGAUGGCUCACUUUUCGAGUUCCAUACUGCUUUCGAGAGUUUUAUGCGGACUGCUCUUCAAGACGUUGAAGUGGUUGGGAAGGCGAAUGAAGCGAGGAUAAAAAUAGAGCUUACAAGAGAUGGAUCUGGGACUGGUGCGGCACUCAUAGCUGCAGCUGCAGCGUAA